GCCCCGAGGCGCAGGUGCUGCGGCGGAUGGGUCGGGUCAGUGCUCGGGCGGCUCCGGUGGCAGCGAGGCUAGCCCCUCGUGAUGGGCCAGGGGCAGAUCUUGCCGUGGCGGCCACGCGCUUCUUUGAGGCUGGCCACAGUCGCAAUGCAGUGGUGGACGCGUCAAAGCAGAAGUCGCGCUGCUGGCAAGUGCCCCGCGGAAGUUUCGUGUCCCUCGAGGGCCCUGGGAACUCACAGAACCCCAUGGGGGCACCUCAGGAGGCUCAAAGCUCGACGGCGGAGCGAGUUACACCUCAUCGUACGUACCUACUGUCCGUCCAGAGCCUCCUUCCCCGAUCCUCGAGAGGUGGUCGGCUGACGUCGCCCGAUCGUCUUGGAGCACGCUGGCUCUCCGCUGUACUCGUCCCAGGGCUGCUUCUCGUGGCGGGACCGCGGCCCGCUGGCGGGCGGCACCGUGCUUCUGCUGCGGAGGCCGCGCGCACACGUGCUCUCCCAUUACGUCCACUGCAAGGUCUCUGGCGACCACUCGUACGGCUGGAGCGCCCUGCCGCAGAGCUUCGGGGAGUGGGUGCGCGCCUGGCAGAGCCUGCGGCUGAGGGCUCAGGGCGCGGGUGA